GGUAACAAGAGUGAGUACCUCAGCUUGGUCUCCCUGUCUACCAAUCCUCCUCAUGUCUCCCAUGGUGCCGGCCCUACAAUUGAUGAUUCACAUGACCAGGCAUGUCUAACUGCAUUACGGGCUCUGGCCAAGAUGGGCUUGGACACAGUGACAGCAGCCAAGCAAGACUAAAGAUCCUAGUACUAACAUGAGGAUGACACCAAUACUCACAUUGUUGCUUUCAUUGCAGUUCCUUAAAGUCAGUUCAGUAAGGGACAUUUACCCCAGUAUGCUUUCGUAGCUGGGCUGAUAACAUGUUAAUGCUCAAGUGAAUUUUGUAAUAAUUAUUCUUGGAACAGGACAAGGAGCACAUUCAAGACUAGGCAGGGGUGUAAAAAAAAGUUUCAAGAAUUUUUAAGACACUCUUCAUUUGUGUUACACUUAUUUAACUGACUUUUGAGACUUCAUGGAAAUGGCAACAAUCUUGCUUUAAUGUUGAUUUACCAUAUUAUAAAAACUGGAACUCAACCUUAGAGAUAUGAUGAUUGGUCUCAUGUUACCGUAUCCUCUUGUCAAGUAACUUUCAUGACAGAAUAAAGUUAACAUCUUGACCGAUGUAUAUGAAGUGAUGGAUGUAUGUAUAUGCGGCUUGAUCAGUAAUUCUGAGCCUUCACAAAAUUUUGUGACUGGCUACAGUAGUUAUAUAUUUUUAGGUAUAAAAGUAAUGAGAGAAGUGAUAUAUAGUUCUUUAAUCUCAUAACUGCCGAUCUCGCCGUAUAUUCUUAUUGUCUUCCUCUGUAUUUUGUCCUUUUUAUAAACUCAAUCAUUUUAUUAUGCAAUUAUGUGUGUUAUGAGUAUAGAACUGUUCUUACAGAAGAAAGAAUUACUACUAAAUCCCAUAAUUUGAGUGAAACAGUAUGGCAAACAGGAUAUUGAGUGAUAUUGAGCUUUAGAUGUAUCUGAACUAAAGCUCAUUUUCCCUAUUAAGCAAACAGAUAAACUACAAGAAAUGUAUCAUGCCUCUCCUACAGGCUUAAGUGUGCCAAUGCUGGUUAUCUGGUAUUACUGGUGGAGAGGAGUGUCUGAGGGAGGGAGGUGACUCCUUGGAGACUUCAACCCAGAUGCACACUGUUUUCUGGCCCUCCCUCAAACACUCCCAAAAUCUUAGGUUGGUAGUGUACAAGAGCUUUCCAGUUGACAGAUGCUGCACCCAAUAUUUACUCAUAAUGUAAUGACUUGUAUACAUUAGAUGCUUAAACUAUUGAGGCACUUUUAAACUUUACUUGGUUCCAUAUUAACAAGGAUAAUUUUUUACUUUUAAAGUUAACCCUCGUGAAAUUUGUGACUUAUUACCCUAGGCUGAUCCCUACAUGAUUUAUGAUGUUCAUUGUUUUUUGCAAUCAUCUUAUGGAUGGAGUAAAGAUCUCUUUGGUUUAUCAUUGCAUAAGACAUCAUUGAUAUUUGUUAAUUUGGCUUCUCUACCAAAUGCUAUAGAUAAAAGAGCAAAUUAUCUGCUAUAAGUGGAGCAUUUUGUACUAAUAAGUGCAUCUGUAUUGUACAUCUCACAACUUGCAAGCAGUGAUUAAAUAUCUGGGUGGUCAGUAUAGGUUUCUCUUGGCAUUAUUUAUAACCUGUGUGUGUGCUAUUACUCAAUGCAUAAGGUCCUCUUGUUAGCCUGUGUGCCAGUCAUUAAAUGGUAUCAUUGAUCCAUUUAAAAUUCUUCCUGCUGUCCUGAGUAGGUGGCACAUGCCUUUUUAAUCUUUCAUUUACUGUAAAUUAAUUUCUCAAACCUGUGUAGCCACUGAGUGCUCCUUGAGCUGAGAGCAACUUGUUCGUGUAGUUCCGUUAGGACAGAUGAUUUGUGUUCAUAGUUGUUUCCUCUUGAGUUACCACAUCAGUAAGCCAAACACUGACUUGGACUCCUAAGAUGGUAAUUCAUUAGAAUGUACUAAUUGUUUAAUUUGUGUUGAUGCGUGUAUCAUUAAGUGUCAUGGUAUCAGUGAAAAUUUGUAAAUUUGAUGCAAAUAUGAUAAUUUUCUUUUGACUUGGUUAAUUAAUAAUUAAAAGUCAUUAUCAGAAAAACUGCACAACUCACUAAGUAGGUACUGCCAUUCAGUGGCUACACAGCUCUUAGUUUUGAAAGCAAAAAGAUGCCUACAGGUAUGGUAGUAUGAAGACGCUUAUAACCCAGCAACCCUUUAUUUAGACGAUGUUUAGCUCACAAGUGAGCUUUUAAAUUAUAUUGACAUGAAAAAGCUCACGUAUGAGCAAAAUGUCCAAACAUAGGCUUGCUCUGCUGUAAAUGUCUGUACUAACGUACAUAGUUCCUAAAGUAUUGAUGGAGGCCAGUUCUCUAAUUUAAGAACCAGUGUGAGGUGAAUCCACAUAAGUAUAAAGCCUGCAUCUUGACCACACUGGUAUUAUUAUUAAUUUAAGGUUAAAUUCAGGUUGCUGUUUGUAUAUGAAGGACCUUAUCAUUAAUGUAAGUUGCAUAAUACUGUCAUUUUCAUGUUUUUAUCUUAUUAAAAGCUUUAUGCCCCACUAUAAUGUAAAGGAACUUUGUCCAAAAUGCAGAAUUGUUUGGUAACUAAUAGUUUAUCAGGUUCUAAAAUCAAUAAGUUUUAUCUUCUGUUAUUGUCAGACAUGACAAAUAUAUCUGACAGUUUAAGUACAACUCAAAAGUAUUGUUAUUAACUUGUUCUCUUGGGGUUCCUACUUUUACUGUUAUCAUUCUUUGUAACUAAUAUGGGCUAGAUUUUUAAAACUAUCACUUGAACAUUAGUGGAAACAUGUAGUGUGUACUGAUGUUGCAACAGAUGAUCAUAUUAAAAAAAUGCAUUGCUCAAGUUCUUACUUUCCUACAAUUAAAUUAAAGUGGUGUUUUAAAAAUCUCUUGCCUAGGCCUCUUUAGCAGUACCACUCUAAGCUCUGCCUCCAACAGAACCAGAUAUGAAAGAAUUGGGGCAUGGUAGUGUUACUUGCCAAUCCCCUAUAGAAUGCAUUUAUGAGCUGUAGGAUGUGUAAUUUAACUUAAACCUGUAAGUUGUCAAGAGCUAGAAUUUGUUCAUCCUCUGUGGAUGUGAAUUUCUACUUGUGAUGACGGGUUUUACAACAGUGGCAGUUAACACUCUCAUGCUGUGAUGACAUCAUGAGUGCAGCUGAUAACAAUUAUGAACACAUAUGAAGACAACGGAAAACAUUGCCUGAGAGGGCUGCAAAAUGUGGCUCGAGUAAAUACCUGGUGGUGUGGUCAAGUGAAUGGGAACUAUGUACCCAGAAUCAAUGUGUACACUAAUGCUGUAAUUGUCAAGCAUCAAGUUAUUGAAAACUUUGAUUGUCCAUGUCAGUAGAUUUUAGUAAUUAUUUUUUAAAUAAACAUGAUUACCAAGGCUUUUUUAAUUCCUGGGUUAUUAAAGCAUUGCUAUUGUUUGCAUUCACUUCUGUUAAAAUAAGGAAACUUUUGUUGUAACAUGCUAUUUCUAAUGUUCAUUCAAUUUUAUAAUUUUUCACUUAGAGACACAACAGUGUAUGCACAUAUCCUCUUGCAUGUAUCAGAUGUUCAUCUUGCAGUAAAUUAAGUUUCACAGGCAUUAGCUUAUAAUAGGAAGUAUUGAAUUCAUAUGAGCCUCGGUAGUGUAGUGAGUGGUCUAUUAAAACAUCUCAGUUUUUUAAAAUGAUGCUGAUUUAACAACUUCAGAGCAUUCAUAUAACUGAAAGUUAGACUUUUAUAAAAGCAUUAGAACCUUCACCAGUUUUGAACAUUAGAAAGUAGGCAUAUUAAACUUUAUUAAUUUACAAGUUUUAGCAAGUUUAUACUUUGAUUUUACUUAACCACACCAUCAGCACAUUGGCUUUGAAGUCAAAAAUUGUGAUAUGACCUACUGUUUUGAGUCUUGCCAAGGGCUAUCAUAAGGUUCUCUGUCCCUUCUUAUUGGAAAGUGAAUCUUAUUGAAAUACGGUGUAGAGCUGGGAAUGACAGGUCAGGUCACAGAAGAUAAGGGUACAGCUGUUUGUGAUGCAGCUACGAUGAUGGUCCCGGCACUCUGAAAGUUACUUAGUGCUGAGGAAGUUUUGUAGCCAUACCAUGAACACUGUUGCAUGAACUUUAUUUUAUGUAUAAUACUUUAGUCUUGUGGUUGGUGGUUCAAACUUAAGUGUAAUUUUUAUUCUUAAGUAAUUGUAGACCCUCUAUAUUUAGUGAUUGUGCAUUAAUAACUACUGUAUUUGCUUUCUGGUGACCUGUAUGUCAAUGUUUCAUUGACACUUUUUUUUGGCUUGCAUUUAGGAUUACAAUGUUUAGAUGCUUUGAGUAUUUUUUGACUUUGCUGUUGUCUUCAUGUCUAUUCAUUUAGGAAUAUUUGAGGAGUCCUGGGGCAUGAUGGUGGCGGCACAUUUGGUGUGGAGAUAUACUCUUAGUAACCAUGUAUACUCUAUAUUCACACAUUACUAACCAUGUGUUCAUUAACCUAUUUGUUUUUUUACUGUAAACAUUUUGUGUAACUUCAGCUUGAGAAACCUAUUAAUUAUAGUGUCACAUGUCUGAAGAAGAGUUGCAUGCUUAUUUUAUUUCCACAUUUUUGUUAUAUUGAUUUGAAUGUAUGUAAAUGAAAUAACUUUGUAACCAUAUAAAUAUGCAUGUGAACAAUCUUGCACUUUGUGCCUCCAUAGAAUUAGCCAAAUAACCUCAUGCUCUAAUGUCAUAAGAGUGAGUUUGUCCUCAGAGCUGUACCAUUGUGAUGCAGGCAGAUGCUGUUCAAGGUAGGCUUUCCUUUCACUAUAUAAAGAUACAAUUAAUAGACUGUGUACUUCACAUAUAUGUAGCUGAAUUUUCCCUCUGACCUUUUUAAUUAAUGUUGAAUAAGCUGCUUCAGAAUAUAAUGUGAAGUUUUGUGGAUCUGGAUCUGGUUCAAAGAAAAUUGAAGAGUAAGAGUUGAUCUAAGUGUCUACAAAUACAUUUUCCAAGAACUUUGUCCUACAUCUUAGAUCAGGAUCACAUUUUAAGCUUGUGUGUGUUAGAUAACAGUAAAAAAACUACGCCCUUAGCUUUUCAUGAACUUUUCAUAUUUAUUUUAAAAAGGAUAGUCUUUAUAUUUUUAUCCUAAAGACCUUUUAUAUGGAUAGAUGAAGUGUACGAUGAACUGUCGUUACAUUAACCACAAGUGGAUUCUGGAAUGAAGUAAAGCAUGAAUUUGGCAUUGUGAUCACUCUCACUUUAUCUUGUUACAGCCUCAAUAACUCUUACAUUGCCUUGUUGGAGCCUCAAUAACUCUUACAUUGCCUUGUUGGAGCCUCAGUAACUCGCACAUUGCCUUGUUGGAGCCUCAGUAACUCUCGCAUUGCCCUGGUAGAGCCUCAGUACCUCUCACGUUGUCUUGUUGGAGCCUCAGUAACUCUCACAUUACCUUGUUAGAGCCUCAUUAACUCUCACAUUGCCUUGUUGGAGCUUCAUUAAGAUCCACAAGUUCUCACUCUUUCGUACACUGGCUCGGUAGUAGCUCGCACAUCUUGUAGCUGUACAGUGUGGAUUUAUAUCCCACAUUGACCCUCCUUGACAAUUUAUAAUUUCAUGAUAUGGUUGUGUAGAACUUCAGUUGCAUACAUAUAUGCAUGCAUGCAUAUAUGUAUGCGGUGAGAGACGGCCAGCAUGUUGCAAAUAUAUAUAUACAUAAACACGCACACUCACACAGAGGUAUUUACAAUAUUUUAUUGGGGAUUUAUCAUAAAGCAUUUCUUAAUUACACUAUACUGUAGUUUAUUAUGCAAGGAUCUGACAAGUAUGUAUUUUGUUGAACACUCAUUAUAUUUUAUGUUGUGGUGUAUAAAAAUAUGCAAUUUGCAUUCUAGUAUUGGCUGUAUUAACUGGUGGUUAACUAAGAAAAUUGCACAAUUAUUUGCAAGUUUUAAGGUCCGAUUUGCAAGUUUGGUUGAGUAUAUAGGACCAUGCAUUUCUUUUAGUAAAGGAUCUUGGAAUAUGCAGAUUUUUGCAGUUUUCCAUUAGCAUAUACAGAACAAUUUAUUUGUUGCAAACAUUUGAAUGAAUGACGGUACCAGUAUCCAAUUAGCUAUUUUGUGUGCAUUGUGGAAUUGUGGAAGAUUGUAUGUUUAGUGCUAUGGAUAUACUGCACACCACCACCAUCACCUUCACCAUUGUUGCCCCAGCAUUGCCACCCUAGAUGACCUUGACAGAGCCGCCUCAAUGUGGUGUGGAAUGUAUCUUAAAAUUGUUACUGUCUCUUUCCCUAUUCAUUAAUUGCAUGCAUUGAACUGUGCUAUUGUAUCAUUAUGUCUUCACUGUUAUUUAUUGUUUAAUUGAUUCUGAUGCCAUUUAUGUAUUAUCCUGUUAUAGUGAAGUUAAAAAGAAAAUGUGGUGUUAUAUUAAUAAGUGAUAGGUAUUAUCAGUACUACAUUUUCUAUUACAAAAAUAAAUAUAGGUAUACACAUUUAAGAAACUAUAUAAUGAGGUACAAGAAAGUAUAUGCAUUUUUAUAUAUAUUUUUAUUUAAUGUUUUUUUUUUUAUAUCUUUUUCCUAGGAAAAUUAAGAAUUAUACUUUAUUUUCAUAUUCAUGAUCAAUUUAUGAAUGAGUGUACUCUGUAACUUUGUAUUCAAUCUUAAAAUGAUAUUACAAAUUAAUUUAAGAGUCAAUGAUAAUAUAAGAUCUGUGAAAGAACCAUUUAUGUUAUGUUACAUGCUGGACAUCCAUAUCCCAGCCUCGGCUCUGUUAUGGUCAAACUACAAUAAAAGGUUAUCUUACA